AUGCUCAGACUUUGGGCCGUGGAGGCAGCGACGGGUCGCGCCAUUUCCGGGGUGAGUAUCGAGGGAGUCGAGGCAGGGGUGGGGACGGUCGAGGUGGCGGCGCCAGAGGUGGUCGCGGAGGUGGCGGCCAAGCUGAAUCACGGAACGGGCGAUUCUGCGCUCCCGGAUACGGCCACUCGUCAACUCGAAAAUCAAAUCCAGGACAAUGUGAGACUCGAACAAAAGAAGACAUCUCCUCUUGUAGCAAGGCUGCCCCUCCGGCCGGGCUUUGGCACUCAAGGACGAGAAGUAUUGCUAUGGACAAACUAUUUCCAGUUGGUGUCCUAUGGCGGCCUGCUUCUCCACCGCUACGGCCUUGACAUAUCUCCAGAUCAAGCAGGGAGACGGCCGGCGGGAAAAAAGGUUCGCCGGAUCAUCGAACUGCUGCUUGAAGAACACCUUGGUCAAUACAGUCCGGGGAUCGCCACAGAUUUCAAGACGAAUCUUAUUAGUUCGGCUGAGCUUGACAUUGACCAAGGCGCGUAUACCAUCGUUUACCGGACGGAACACGAGGACGAACCCGAACCCAAUGCGAAACGCUAUCGUGUCCGCUUGUUGCGUACGGCUUCGUUGACAGUCUCUGAGCUACUGGAUGAGCUAACUUCAACGAGGGCCGGAACGUUGCUUGGAUCCAAGGAAGAGAUCAUCCAAGCCUUGAACAUUGUCGUCGGACACCACCCCAAAGCAGCUUCACAGGUCGCGUCCAUCGGAUCCAAUCGGCACUAUGCGUUGAACGCCGCUGCUUCCGAUAGAAUGGCACUUGGCGCGGGCCUCGCAGCGAUUCGCGGGUUCUUCAUCAGCGUUCGAGUCGCAACUGGCCGACUCCUCGUCAAUGUCCAAGUCAAGCACGGAGCCUUCUAUGAAGAGGGUCCCCUCGAACAACUGAUGGCAGCCCAUCUAGCGAGCACCGGCAACAGCAAAGCGAAACUUGCAAAAUUUGUUAAGAAGCUUUCCGUCAAUGUCACUCACAUCAUCAGGAGAAACAGAAGGGGUGAUCAGAUUCCCAGGAUCAAGAGUAUUUCCGGGCUUGCCACACGGCGUGACGGUGUUGGUUUGCUCCACCCACCGAUUGUCCCUGAAUUAGGGGCGGGGUCGAAAGGUGUUAUGUUCUGGCUGGAGAGCUCGGCCGAAGGGUCGUCAUCUGCCCAACAAGGAGGUGGCGUGGGCGGCAAGAAGGGCAAGAAGCCAGCUAAGGCUGAUCCGAAGCCUCCUCCGCAAGGCAGAUACACCAGUGUCUAUGACUACUUUCGCUCAGAAUACAACAUCGUCAUCACAAAACCAGCCCUACCAGUAAUCAACGUCGGUACUCUCGAGAGACCAUCCUAUUUGCCCGCCCAAGUCUGCCAUGUCAUUGCUGGCCAGGCUUCCAACGCGCAAUUGACUCCCGCUCAGACACAACAGAUGAUCCGUUUUGCUGUCCGAGGACCAGCACAGAAUGCACAGUCGAUCGUCACUUCGGGCGCGCAGAUGUUGACGGCCAACAACCCGACACUUGACGCAUUCGGAAUCGGCACCACCCCAAGAUUGAUGACUGUCCCGGGGCGUGUGUUGAAUUCGCCAAGCGUGCGGUACGGGGCGCAACAAACGAUCUCUACAAGAUUCGGCAGCUGGAACAUGGUUCGGGUUCAGUUUACCACCAAAGCCGACUUAAAGUCCUGGACGUACCUCUGGAUCUCCACAGAAGCGACCAGAGAUCCAUGGAGCCAUGAAGGGGAGCUGCAAACCUCAGUCAUCGCUCUAACUUCCAAGCUACGCGAGUUGGGCAUGGCUUGUAGCGACUGCACGAGAGGCCUGCAUAUCACAAUCGCUCCCAACACUAUUGAGUCAACUAUCGACGAAGCACUCCACCGAUUCACAUCCACUCCGGAGAGGGAGCCUCCGAAGCUCGUUCUUGUCAUCCUACCAUAUGCCGACGGUCCAAUCUACAACCGCGUGAAACACGCGUGUGACGUCAGGGAAGGACUCAUCAACGUUUGCGUCGUAGCUUCGAAGUUCGCAAGGAAGAACGAGCAAUACCUCGCCAACGUGGGCCUUAAGUUCAACCUGAAGCUUGGUGGUCUGAACCAGAGCCUGGAACCAUCGAAACUAGGCAUCUUGUCCGAGGGCAAGACGAUGGUUGUCGGAAUCGACGUUACCCACCCGUCUCCCGGGUCUUUGGCGACCGCUCCUAGCGUGGUUGGCGUCGUGGCCUCUGUUGACAAAUGGCUCGGUCAGUGGCCGGCGGCGUUGGCCAUCCAGACUGCCCGAAAGGAGAUGGUGUCCGGUCUGAAAGCCUUGAUGGAAUCGCGUCUGCGCAUGUGGAAAAAGCACAAUGGCACGUACCCCGAGAACAUCCUGAUAUACCGCGACGGCGUCUCCGAGGGACAGUACAAUCUGGUACUUGACCAGGAGCUGCCUGAGAUCCGUUCAGCUUGCACGGCCUUGUAUCCCGUGUCGAUGACGAAGAAGGGCAUCCCACGCAUCACCAUCAUCAUCGUCGGCAAGAGGCACAACACACGUUUCUAUCCCACCAGGGCGGACCAGGCGGACCGCUCUUCCAACCCGCAGAACGGAACCGUGGUCGACCGUGGUGUGACGGAGGCACGGAACUGGGAUUUCUUCAUGCAAGCACAUACGGCGAUUCAGGGCACAGCAAGGCCGGCACACUACUACGUUAUCUUUGACGAGAUCUUCCAAGCGCGCAAAGUCCAGCAGGCGCCUUUCGAAAAUGCAGCCGACGUGCUCGAAGACCUGACACACAAUAUGUGUUACCUCUUUGGAAGGGCGACUAAGGCUGUCAGCAUCUGUCCGCCGGCCUACUAUGCGGAUCUGGUGUGUGAACGCGCAAGAUGCUACUUGAGUGGGUUAUUCAGCCCGUCUGUCACCAGCUCGGCGGGUAGCAUGGCGGAAGGCGAGGAGGCCCCUUUGCGUGAGCCGGACUCGGCUUCGGUGACGAUCCAUCAAAAUGUGCGCGACACCAUGUUCUAUCUCUGA